AUGACAAAUCUUGAAGAUUUCGAGACUGUGGACCUCUUGAAUGAGCUCAAGCGCAGAUAUAGCUGCCUAAGCAAACCAGAGGGUAAUUUUGUGCUCCUUGGGCCUCCUGGCUCAGGAAAGGGAACUCAAUCAGCCCUUUUAAAGAACUCUCAUUGUUACUGUCACCUGUCCACUGGUGACCUUAUUAGGGAAGCUAUCAGGAAUAACACUCAAAUUGGACAAAAGACUAAGGAAUACGUUGAUAAGGGUUUAAUAGUUCCUGAUGAAUAUGUGACUGGUUUGAUUGAAGAGAAGAUCAACACACCAAAGUGCCGCAGAGGUUUCUUACUUGAUGGUUUCCCUAGGACAGAAACCCAAGCUGAGAAACUUUCUUCAAUGUUGAAAUCUUCUGGAAAGGAGUUGAAUGGCGUAAUUCUCUUCAAAAUGUCCGAUGAUGAACUUGAAAAAAGAAUUACUGGUAGAUUGAUCCAUCCAGGCUCUAACAGAGUCUACCACAAGAUCUUUAAACCACCAAAGGUGCCUGGAAAGGAUGACAUAACCAACGAGCCUCUAGUGAGCAGAACAGAUGAUACUCCCGAGAUUAUCAAAAAGAGAAUGGAACAAUAUAGGGAACUGACUCAGCCAUUGGUAGAGUAUUAUAACAAGAAGGGACUUCUCAAGGAAGUUGAUGCAAGUGCAAGCGAAGCCAAUGUUCAAAAGGCUGUUGAGAAGAUUGUGGCAAAAUCAAAGUCAAAGUAG